AUGUCCAACUCCGUCCUGGGCUUCUCUCCGUGGGGCCGGAGACGGCCCAGCCUCUCUCUGUCUCUCUCGCGAGAGGCCAUCCCCGACAGCUCGGGCAGCCCUCCCGACGAGCCCGUCCCGCCCCCGCCGUCCUCCCGCCUGCUGUCGUCGUCGCUCGGCUCGUCCCAGGGACUCAGAGGGCCCAUCCGCUCCUACAUUCAUGCGUCUAUGCGAGAGCAGCUGGUGCCCGUCGAUAGCAGUCAGAACGCCCGCACCGUGCGCGAAGACACGGCCGAGCUGGCGAGCUACCUGCUGUCUGACGGCGCGGCUCAGCGGAGGCCGUCCUUCUUGCAGCGAUCACGACCAUCGGUCCAGGAUCUGUUUGCGCUAGAACAUGACAGCAGUGAGCCCACAGACGAUGACGCCGGUGCCUCUCACACAAUCCUCGAGCUGUCAGAGCCAACAUCGCCGGAGAGCGAAGCGGAUAACACGGGAGAAGACAGCGACGGGCCGUCGGUGCUGUCCAACCUUCUCAGGAGGUCCCCCCCAGACUCGGUGACUACCGACGCGCCCAUAUCGACCGAUAGUCGGCAAGCCGGGCCGAAGCCGCAGCGGCGCGCGUCCCUUCAAGCCGAACCUCGACAUUGCGCAGACAAUGCUCAAGCCGAAGUGACCGAAGACACGCCGCUGUUGAGCGAGACCACGUCCCAGGACGCCUUCGGCGACGUUGCCGACAUUGAAGGGCAAAAGCGUUCCCACGGGCUCAGGUGGUUGGGCAGGUUGGUCGAGCGCGGCCGCCAGGUCGAAGAGCGCGCCCUUCACGCUGUCGCGGUGACGGCCAACCCGCGCCAUUGGGAUCGAAGAGCCAUAUGGCAGAAUGCGGUUCUGAGUCCAGCCUCGUGUCUCCCUGCUGUCCUUGUUGGGCUUCUCCUUAAUGUUCUAGACGCCCUGUCCUACGGCAUGAUAUUAUUUCCUCUCGGAAAGCCCAUCUUUGCCCAUCUAGGAUCGGCCGGUCUCUCGAUAUACUACGUCAGCACAAUCGUGUCCCAGGUCAUCUUCUCAUCCGGGAGCAUCUUCAAAGGAGCCGUUGGAUCGGAGCUGAUCGAGGUUGUUCCAUUCUUCCACAACAUGGCCCUGAAAAUCAUGGACACUGUCGGCCCGGAAAAUCCAGAAGCAGUGAUUGCGACCACCAUCGUGGCUUACGCCGCCAGUUCUAUGAUGACAGGGCUCGUCUUCUAUCUCAUGGGCAGGUUCAAGUUCGGCUUCAUGGUCGGCUUCAUCCCGAGGCACAUCUUGAUUGGCUGCAUUGGCGGCGUCGGCUGGUUUCUCAUUGCAACCGGCUUCGAGGUCUCUGCGCGCCUCGACGGAAGCCUCGAGUAUAACCUCGACACGUUGGUCAAGCUCACACAGUCCGACACAGUCCUGCUGUGGGUGUUUCCCCUCGUCUUGUCAAUCGCUCUCUUCUAUGGCCAGUCGAAAGUGCGAUCCAAGUAUUUCCUGCCGCUCUACAUCCUCGCCAUACCCUUGGUCUUUUACAUAUUCGUCGUGUCCAUCGACGCUCUGAAUGCCGACAGCUUGCGCGAUGACGGUUGGAUUUUCAAUGGCCCACCACCGGGAGAGCCUUGGUGGUAUUUCUACACCCUGUACAGAUUUGACUUGGUACACUGGGGGGCUGUCGCCGAAGUGAUUCCUGCGAUGCUGGCCCUGACCUUCUUUGGCAUUCUCCACGUCCCCAUCAACGUUCCGGCUCUUGCGCUCAACUGCGGCGAGGACAAUGCGGACCUGGACAGGGAGCUGAAGCUUCAUGGCUUUUCCAACUUCCUGUCGGGGUGCUGCGGUAGCAUUCAGAACUACCUGGUGUACGCCAAUACCGUCUUCUUCAUCCGCUCCGGAGGCGACAGGCGGCUUGCGGGUUUCAUGUUGGCUGCCCUGACGGUAGGCAUGAUGAUGGUUGGUCCUUCCAUCAUCGGUUUCAUCCCAGUGAUGAUGGUGGCGACCCUGAUAUUUGAUCUCGGCUUUGAGCUGUUGCUGGAGGCUGUCUGGCUUCCGCGGAAGAAGCUCAAGUUGGCCGAAUAUCUCACCGUCAUUGUCAUUGUCCUGGUCAUGGGAAUCUACGACUUUGUCGUUGGCAUCGGCGUUGGGAUUCUGUUGGCGUUUGUGUCGCUAAUCAUUCAGACGUCGAGGGUGUCGGCAAUCAGGGGCGCGUAUGGCGGAGAUGUCGUCACCUCUACCAUCUACAUCAUCAAGCUCACAGGGUACCUAUUUUUUGGCACCGUCGUCAGCGUCGACGAGAAAAUCCGCGCCAUCUUGGAUGACCAGGCGUUUGCGAGGAAACCCAUCAAGUUUGUCAUAUUGGACAUGUGGCACGUCAGCGGCCUGGAUUACUCGGCCGGCGAGGCGUUCAACACCAUCAGCCGACUUUUACAUGGCAAAGGCGUUCUCUUCGUCCUCAGCGGCGUGGAUGACGAGAGCCAGUUGGGGCAAAAUCUUCGCGCCGUCGGUCUCGGGACGGAUGAGAUUGAGGUGUUGAUGCUGCCGACUCUCAACUCGGCGCUGGAGAGUUGCGAAAAUGAGCUUCUGAAGACGCUUUACGCCAGGCAGCAAGAGCUGAAUUCAACCAAGAAGAAACCCACCACAAGUCUCGACGUUCCCACGGGCGCGGAAGCGUCGGCUUUUUCGUCGUUUGAUCCACCCUUCAACUCGCCUCGACGAAGCCAUCAGGUCGAGGCGGCGCGCGAGGCGCUCACCAGCGUCGAAAUCCAGCGCCCGACAAGAUGGCAGAGCUUCCAGGAGCCACUGCGUCUCAUGCUCCAGGUUUUCCAGGGGCUCAGCGACAAGAAUGAGGACUUUUGGUUUCAGGCGACGGCCUACUUUAAACGCCAGGAAUGCGCCGCGGGGACGGUCCUCUUCCGACGUGGAGAGCAGGCCAAGGGCUUCUAUCUGGUCGAGAGCGGCAUAGUGCGCGCCGAAUACGACCUUCCGCAGGGAUGGCUGUGCGAGAGCAUCGUGGCAGGGACGACUUGCGGGGAGCUGCCAUUCUUCUCGGAAACGGAACGGACGGCGACAGUGCAGGUGGAUCGAGAUAGCGUGCUUUGGGUGAUGAACCGCGAGAGCUGGCUGAAGAUUCAAAAGGAGAAGCCGGAGGUGGCGCGAGAGUUGUUGAGGCUUUCGCUGAAGCUGACAAGCGAGCGCAUGAGCUCCAUUACAUCGCAUAUGCUGGCCAUGGCAGGAUAG